UCUUGACUCUCACCGGCAGGCAAAGCACUCCGUGGAGUUUGGGAGCUAAUAUUUACUUGCGUGUGUUUCUUUCGAAAGAUGCACGUACGUUAAAAUGAAGCAUAAGAUGAUGGUGAUGAAUAAUAGCUAGUCCGCGACACUAGCUCCAAUAAGAAUUGCAGAUAGAAAGCCCAGCAACUGACGGUUCCUCGCUGCUGAUGUCAGUGAGCCAAAACAAGAAAUGUGAUUUAGCGGGUUAAGUAGCUACUUAACACAUGUUUUAAAGAUGCCCUACUCUUCGGACUUGUUUGCUUUUUAAGAAUUGUGGAUUGUUGUUCUACUGCUUCUAGUUGUUUGUUGUCAGUUCACCAUCGUGACCUCCACUGCUUUGUCACCAUGUCAGACCCGAUGUGUGUCCGAGUUUUCUCUCUCAACUGCUGGGGCAUUCGGUUCCUGAGCAAACACUGUGCUCAGCGCUACGCCAUGAUUGGCGAGAUGUUGUCUAAGGAAGGACAUGACCUGGUCCUGCUACAGGAGGUAUGGAGUGAGAAGGAUUUCCUCUUUUUGAAGAAGAAACUGAGCUGCAGCCAUCCCCACUCACAUUAUUUCAAAAGUGGCGUUAUUGGGAGUGGACUGGCAGUUUUCUCCAAACACCGGAUCCAUGAUACAUUUCUUUAUCGAUACUCACUCAACGGUUAUCCUUACAUGGCCCACCACGGUGACUGGUUUGGCGGCAAAGCCGUGGGAUUGGCUGUAAUCAACAUCGGGAAUUUGACUGCAAAUGUUUACGUCACACACCUGCAUGCAGAGUACUGCAGAGAGAAGGACUCGUACCUCCCUCACCGAGUGGUUCAGGCGUGGGAGCUGCAGCAGUUUGUUCGCCACACCUCUGCUGGGGCAGAUGUGGUGAUUUUAGGAGGCGACCUCAACAUGCACCCUCAGGACCUUGGCACCAGAUUGCUUCGCUCUUACACAGGACUGAGAGACUCCUACUUGGAGACGGCUCACUUUGAUGGAUGUGAGAAUGGCAUGACCCUGAUCGAAGACAAUCCUUUCAUCAGUAAAAAAGAGAUUGUUCCUUUUGAGAAGGGCAUCAGAAUCGACUACAUUCUCUUCAAGGGUUCCUCCAGAGCCAAUAUGAGCUGUACGUCCUUGUGCACCACCAAAGGCUCAGUACCUGACCACCCAUUCCCGUAUUCUGACCAUGAAGCUCUGACUGCUAUGCUGAAGUUUGAUCCUAGGUCUUCCAGUGUGACCGAUGGUGUUGCACCAGAGACUGAUUUGACUGGAGAAGUUGCUGAACUCAUUGACAUUCUGACUGAAGCCCGUACGGAGGUCAAAGUGGGUCUGCACUGCGCAGAGAGAAUGCGCAGCUCCGCCGCUCGCACCGGGGUGAUGGGUCUGGCUCUGCUGGUCCUGGAGCUGGCCAUCCUAGCCGUGUUCUGGUUGGCCCUGGGAGCAGAACAGCCUUUCCCGCGGGUCUCCUUCUACCUGCUGGCGGCUCUCUGCUUUGCUAUCCUGCUGACCACCUUCCUGCUCUACAUCUUCUACACCAUCGAGAUCAAGUCUCUGCAGGGGGCCGAGGACCAGAUGAGACUUGCUGGUGGGAGUUUACAGGAGAAGUUGAGGGGAGUUCCUCCGCUUCGGAGCAAGAGUUGAAAUGAGAGCCAGGGAAGUCGCUUCAUAUUUAGUUUCAUCAGAAGCUUUAACAGAAUCUGAAAGAAUUAUGUCGCUGAGAUGAGUCAUGUUUGAAGGAAGUGAUUCUUUUGCACUCUUGUGAUCUAGUCUUAAUCUGAAAGUUCAGAGAUACAAACCUAUGCACCAACCCAGACACCACAGUACCUCCCUGAUAAGGCCGCUCUUAAUUUUUGCCUUUCAUUCCACCCAAGUGGGUUUCCGUCUUUGGCUUCACUCUUCCACACUCCAGCUCAGAACGCACUUGAAGCAGCACUUCUUCGUUUGUACGGCCAAGUAACAUUGCUUUAUGAACGUUCUGUAAAAAGCUUGGUUGUCAUGUAGCAUUCAAAGUGAUGUAGGAAGAAUUGAGAGAGCGAGAAACAUUGUUUCCUGUUCCCCGCAGUUUAGUUUUUGCGGAUAGCUGUGGGCCUUCAGAAGUACAUCGCUGUCAUGUGCGUUAACAGUUCCAACUCCACUAACUUGAACAAACAAACCUGUGUACAAGCAAAUACAAGCAUAUUUAUUUCUUCAAUUACAGCAAGUUCUGUGCGUCAUGUUAGCUUUGUUAAAAGCAAGUAUCUGCAUUUCAUGCACAGGUAUACUGACUUGUUACAGCCAGCAAAUUUUAGGGCCGUAAGCCGUAACAUUAUGACCACCUGUGAAACGGUGUGCAGUGGUCACUGGUUUUCAACAUCUUAAUUCCUUUGACCACUUUUAGUGCUGAUGACGCUAAAGUGCUUUUCACAGGUUAUUUUUAAUGUUCUUUUAAAGGUUUCUAUGUGAAAGGCGAAGAAUGUUGUUUUGCGACUGAGGGUUUUACGGUCUCAAUGUGACUAGUCCAUUUUGUGGACAGACCAUGGAUGGAUGAUCCCUGUUGAAGUAGUUAGUGUGCUGUGCACGUAUUUAACCAACGGUAACUAUCAAUCAAUCUGUAGCCAAUAGAUUUGGCAAAUUGAAAAUGUUUCAAUGCAUUAAAAAAAAGGGGGAUUAAUUUAAUCACUAAUUUAGAUGAUAAAAGACGUCAUAUUUAAUUCUUUUUCACAAUAGGCAGCUUUCGUUUUUGGUUUCAAAAUGAAGUCAGGAGGCAACAAAAUACACUCUAAACAAUCGAUGACUGAAUUAUUGUUUCUCUUCAUUGUAAAUUUUUUAAUUAAUGGAACUUGUCAUUGUUUUCUUUUUAAUUCACUGCGAUACUUUGAGGCAAUAAAUGCAAAUAAAUGAGCAAUAAGAUGCGUGUUUGGUGAGUGGUGACGUCAAAGGAUUAUUUGUAAAUCAUUUGAUCUCAGUCACAGUUUAACCUCUUAACCGUGUAGACACACUGGACGAGUUUCUAGGGCUAGAAAGGUCAGAAAAUUGCUCUUAUAUAAGUCAAGUUUGUGCAUUCUACCUCUGCUGGACUUUGAAGAUCGAGAGACUUCCGCCUCCUUUCUAUUAUCUCAACUCUUAUAGCACCAUAUAUCGA